AUGUCAAGAAGAACAACACUAUGAAUCAUCUCGAUUACGAAAAGUAUUUGCAUCGAAAGCUUGUCGAAUGUCAAUUAUGAUUGGUACUGAUUUAACACGAAAACAAAUGAUAAAUGUUGUUCAACAUCUUGGUCAAUUAGCUAAACCAUGGGUAAACAAGAAACAAAUACACUUAAUUGAAAUAUCUGAAUUUGUUAUUUAG